AUGCCGCCUUACCCAGCUCGCUAUCGACUCUCCGACAUACCCCACGCCCGCGGGCCCUCUUUCCAUCGCCAGAUAAUUGCCAACCUAUCCCAUACACUAGCAGCCAGGGCCGACGAUGCGGACACGACAACACAAGCGUCCGCCAGUACCACGACGAAUGGAAUCACGGCCUCAGAUCUCAUCGAGGAGGCGGAGGAGCACUGGAAUGUUUCUGCCAAGUCUAUCCUUGCCGCUUGGGCCCUUACAGCGGCGGGAGCUCUCCUCAUCGUCCUUAUCUACUCUGCCGCCCGUCCAAGAUGGAAGCUCAUAUAUCUCCCUCGUCUCAAAGUCCGCAAAACGUCACGCACACCAGAAGAGAAGAGGAAGGAGAAGGAGAUGCUAGACAAGAUGAGCGCGAGAGACAGGAAGGCGUAUAUGGACAAGAAGGAGGAAAAUAAACCAGACUACUAUCCCGAUGGAGAGAAUUUGAAGGGCAAGUGGGUGGCAAGGGCUCCUAGGGCCGUUAAAGGCUACUUGGGGUGGCUCAAACCAACGUGGAGAGAGACAAUGGUCGAGCUCCGGUCGGCUUUGCCCCGCUGGAUGGAUUUCCUGAUACCCAAAGAAACGGUCACAGAUGAGAAAGGUAGGAAGAUCAAGCAAUCUGCCUCGAAACCAAGCCUCUUUGAACAAGACCUCAAGACUCUUCAUAUGCUUGGUCUCGAUGCAAUAGUCUAUUUGAUCUUCCUUCGCUUACUCAAAUACCUCUUCACGGUCGUGGCGUUCUUGGCAUGUCUACUGGCAAUUGCAAAUUUCUAUCUCAACACUCAGACUUCAUAUGGAGGCACAAGUGCCGUCAGUCCCACAGAAGCGUUGGAAAGCGCAAGAAGAAGAGCAGAGACCAGUACUGCAAGCGCCGCCAGCAGUAACUCGACAUCCGUGAGCACAGCUGGGUCAAAUAGCACAUCAAUCAUCGAAAAUCCCCAGCUGUUGACUGCCGCAAAUAUCACGAGUAAUGGACUGUUGGUGCAUAUAUCCUUCGAGUGGAUUGUGACCAUGAUGGUAGUUGUAUUCGUCUUGAAGGCAUGUGCGCAUCACCUGAAAUUGGUUCAAGAAUGGACGCACAUGAACUACAGCGAAGUCUCCUUCAAGACCCUCAUGAUCACAAACCUGGCGAUCCGACCCAACCCAUCAAAGUCCAUCUCAACAGUCGCUGAUGCCAAACGAGAGAUCAAAUCGCUCAUCCUCGGACCACACCGAAGCAAAGUUGAUUCUAGCGUUUGGUUUGCAGUGCACAAUAUGAACCCUCUGCAUGAAAAGAUGGAAGAAUUCAAGAAGAAGAAGUUAAAGUGGGCGAUCAAAGCGGUAUCAAUGGAAACGUUUUACGAGAGCGGAGAAGGGGUGUUUUAUGACAGUUGCUCGGGAAGACUAUGUGGCUUGAGCAAGUCUGCACAAGAUCGAGUGGACGAUGCGUUGACAGAGAAGCGGAAUAUCGAGCAUCUUCAGGAUCAAAUCCGGAAAGGGCAGGUAGAUGUCAAGUAUACCAAGCUGAAAGGCACCGUGACCUCCGCAUUCUUGACGGUACCGACUGCGAAGAAAGCGCGAGAGGUGCUCAAAGAUAGUAAAGACAAGCUGAAGGAAGCUGGUUAUCACAUUCAACGGGCUCCAAGAUCGCAGAACGUGCUCUGGCAGAAUCUCGAAAGAGACGGCAAGUCUCGACACUCGCACGCCGUUCUUGGCAAGGUCAUUCUCGUGAUCAUUUGCUUCAUCAACACUAUCCCUGUGAUGAUUGUCACCGUACUGGCCAAUUUGAACACUGCUAUUAACAGGUGGCCUACCCUGGCCAAGCUCGCAGAGUCCUCCGAUAUAUGGAAUGCCAUAUUCACCGUCAUUGCAGGCAUCCUUCCUGCUACCAUUGCCGCUCUUUUCUCCUACAUUCUCCCUUAUAUCAUGCGUCGCCUUUCUCGCUGGUCUGGAGCUCUUACCCGAGGGCAGCUGGACAAAGCUGUCAUCCGACAACUGUUCAUCUUUUUGCUAGUGUCAAACUUCAUCGUGUUCUCCCUGUUGGGCGUACUGUAUGAGACAUACCUCACGAUAUCGGAGGAUAUAGGACAAGAGAGCUGGAGCACAAUAUAUGCUAGUCUUGGUGAUGUACCCGCAAAGAUCACAAGAGCGUAUAUAUCGGAGAGCUUGUACUGGCUAUCAUGGUAUCCAAUCCGAUCAGUCGUGGCCUUUCUGCAGCUUUUACAGAUACCAAGGCUCAUCAAGAAGACACCACAACUUCUGACGAUCAAGACCCCUCAUGACUUGGCUGAAGUCGCGCAACCAGAGAACUUCGAGUACUCACAUGUGGUAUGUUCAAUUAUACUCGAACUGCAGGUAUUACUGAUGUAUGCUCCUCUUGCACCAGUGGUGGUCAUCUGCGCAGCCAUAUACUUCUGGGUCAUCUAUGUCGUUCAUACAAACCAGAUCAAGUAUGUGUUUGACUCCAAAGAGACUGACGGUAAAUGCUGGAAAAUCAUCAUCAAUCGAGUAUUGGUGGCGACAGUCAUGAUGCAAAUACUAAUGGUUCUAACUGUCACCCUCAAGACUCGCUCAGCAGCUAUGGCAGUGGGCGCAGGUCUUCCCAUCGGUGUGAUCUUCUUGUUCAAGAUGUACCUCCGCCGACACUACCACCCGGACGGCGAAUUGUUCUCGCAAUACAUUGACAAGUACGAAGACGACGAUCUCGAUGUGGACAAUUAUGCGCCCGAGUACGAGCAUGAACUCUUGAGAGAGGAUUGGAUGCCAAAAUUCAAGACCGUCAAAAAUAAGGUGCUCAUGGCAAGAGCGAUGAAGAGAUUUCCCAAGUUGACGGAGCUGCUGAAGGUUGGCCAGGACGAACCGGUGACAGGGACGACGAAGAAGAGCAAGAAGAAGAAGAGACGAUAG